ACGCUGCGUCCACACGCCCCGCCCCCCCGCGGAGCGGAGCAUCCCGGCCCUGGAGCUUCCCCGGGCCUGUAGCACCCCGGGACGCGCUCUGUGUGGGCGGCGAUGAGGGUCUGGAGCUCGGAGCAUGUGUUCGGCCACCCGUGGGACACAGUCAUCAAGGCUGCCAUGAGGAAGUACCCGAAUCCCAUGAACCCCAGUGUCGUGGGCGUCGACGUGCUGGAGCGCAGUGUGGACAGCCGGGGCCGGCUUCACAGCCACCGCCUCCUCAGCACCGAGUGGGGGCUGCCCGGCCUCGUGAGAGCGAUUUUGGGAACCAGUAGGACUUUGACAUACAUCAGAGAACAUUCUAUUGUGGAUCCAGUGGGAAAGAAAAUGGAGCUCUGUUCCACCAAUGUAAGCAAUGGCCACGAUGAUCACACUCACAAACUGGGUGUCGGUGAGCGAGAGGCUGGUGUACACACCCCACCCAGAGGACCCAGGAAGGACCGUGCUCACCCAAGAAGCCGUCAUCACCGUGAAGGGGAUCAGCCUCGGCAGCUAUCUGGAAAGUUUGAUGGCCAACACGAUAUCGUCCAACGCAAAGAAGGUGGUUUCCAACAGCUAGUUACCAAAAGACAUCAUCAUUUUACAACAGGAACUCCACACAGAAGUUUCUCAGGGAGAAAUAAAAAUACUCACUUUCGUGAGCAAGGCAGAAGAGGGACUGCCUGCCACGGGGAAGAGCUUUCAAAGUUGGCAUGUCCCAUAUUUCCUGAGCUUCGCUUGACCCUGAGAACAGAGUGUGGGAACGGGCUCGCCUCCGAACGCUGGGCAUCACAACUGUGCACAGAUGGUAGGGUCAGCUGCACACGUCUGAACAGCGACUUUUCUCAGCUUCUGACAUAGUUCAUAAGAAGUAUCCCUACGGUCAUCUUUAUUCAUCAGCAACAAGCAUGACUAUCGUACAUUUUCUGACAGUUACCUAUAUGACAAAAUUGCUGAGCUGGAGUAAAAUAAUGUAUGAAUCUAGCAAACAAGCAGAAGACCACUCCCUGAGAUUGGCUGUCGUGUAUUAGGAAGAUGGCGAUGGUGCCAACGUCACAGCUGCGAUGCCUGGGUGGUGGGGAUGCUCCACACACAGCAACCCAGACAGCCUGCAGUUCCCGCUCCUCAGUCUCAAGUCAUAAAAGGGCCCAGUCAAGCACACUUCCAACUUACUGAUUUGACCCAUACACAAAUAGAGUGUUCCAUCAGAUGUAAUAAGAAAUUGUGGAUUUUUUUGUGUUCUUGUUCUUUUUUAAAAUUUCAAGCAGAUUACCCUUUAGUAAAAUACCUUCCAUCAGGUCAAA